AUGGCACAAUUAGCUUCGCUUCAUGGUCAUGCGUCGGCGGACCUGGGGCCGGGCCCGUUGUCCAUCGUGUCAAGUUCUGAUACAACGCCUGCCUCGACGUCCUCUGACCCUUUCCGACACCACGAACUCUCCUUAGCAAGCCGCCGCUGCCACCACCACCAGCACAAGCAGCAACGUCACGACUCCUUGGACAAGACCCUUCAUCAAACGCCACCCGACCUUGACCUUGACCUCGGCCCUCAUCCUUCCCCUUCUCUACCCACAGGGCACAGCGUCACCAGCAGCCUCAGUUCUUUUGCUUCCAUUACGACUCCUGUUGCCGGAACUACGUUUCAAUCGACUAUUCCGCACUUCCCCCCCCCUCCUCCUUUCAGAACCCCGAUCAAACGGAAGCCCUUGUCCUCGUCGGCUUCGUCUUUGGCCGCCACCAUAUCGCUACGCGACUCAGUCAUUGCGGCAGUUCCUGCCCCUUUGAACCCUGACCUUCUCCCCAAGCCAGGACAGAGGUUUGCUAGGCCACCAUCUGUCGAUAGUCCGACAUUCUACGACUACCCGCAACUACUCCGAGCAUCGGUGUCCUCUUCCUCAUCUCCCGUCACCAUCCCUGCCCCCAUCCAGCCGGGAGUUCCUCAGGCGCACAGCCCUCCGGCAGGUGAGCUUCGACGCAGAGGCUCUUCUGACCUUUCAGACGUGCUGUCAGUGUACGACGAAUUUUAUUUGCAAGGAUCUAAUUCGUCUUCGCCGGAGGAAGACAACCUUCGCAAUUCACCCUCCGGACGCGCCGUGGACAACAACAGCUUGGACGACAUCGAAUCGCUUUACGGCGACCUCGCAGACCAUACCCCGAGUCCUCUGAUGUUGGCUCCAAAACCAACGCCUCCACAUCUGAAACUCGAUACUGUUGAAUCAUCAGCUUCACCGAGUGAUUUAGAAUCUCAACGGCAAUCAGCGUCUCCCGAAUCAGCCAAGCUAGCUGCAUCUCCGCAGCUGAACAAGCCACUACCGAAAUCGCCGCGUCAAGGAUCGCCUUUUGCUUCAUUGUUUAGCUGGUCGAACCCCUCACCGUCGGUCACAGAUUUCUCCUCCAUCCCCUCGCCCCUGUCGCCGAGCAAAAGCGUCAAUGCGCCGCUUGAAGCGCCGAGGAAUAACUGCCCAACCUCAACACCUACUAACUCCAAUGCUGCAACCUCGAACCCCCUUAGCUACUGCGAAUCGUACUUAUCAACACCACCCCCUGGGACGACCGCGUCGUCUCUUGAAAUCGACGCGAUGGAGGACGAGCUGAAAGCUAUCAGCUCUGAGCUGGCCGCAUCGAUCAGGCGUGAAAUGGACCUCGAGGACCUGGUCGAUAGACUUCAGGAACAAGUCAACAACCCCCAAGCACCAAGUAAGCGAUCAAGCGACUACUUUUCAGAUUCGGGCUACAGUUCUGCCAAACUCAGCGAGUACGACCAAAACAGAGAGGAGAUUGAAAGAAUUCAGAGAAGAUCAGAGCAGGAGAAGGCAUCUAUCCGUCUCGAAUUAAGUAACAAAUUGCAAGAUGAAAGGUCAAAGAGAAAAGCCCUGGACCAGCAGAUCAAAGAUUUGUCCGAGAAGGCUUCACAAAUAGACCUGGCCCACAUGAACAGCCUAGAUGCCAGUGACCGCGUCAAGGACCUGGAAAAAUCUUGCGAAGAUCUAAGAAGACGGCUUGCUGAAGAAAAGGAGUCCAAGAGCAACUUUGAAGACCUACUGUCCGGGUUGAAAAGCGAGCUGCAGGAGACCUGCAAUGAAAGAGACAAUCUGCGAGACGAGGUUGUGCCGCAAUUGCGAGCCAGAGUCGAGGGUCUGGAAGCCGAAGCUGCCUCGUAUGCUAAUCUAACGUACGAAUCAACAAAGAUGCAACAUCAACUUCAAUCCCUGAAACAAGAAAACACCUCGCUACGCAAGUCACUUGGUCCUGACGACAUUGCUCUGGCUAAAUCAACCUCGAAAGCAAAUAAUUCAUUCAAGGCUAAAGGCCCUACCGCUUUCGGUGGCUUGUCGAGGUCGGAAAGUGUGAAGCAGCCACACUCCGAAUCAAGAGAGGCCCUUGCAGAGCGAUUAAAAGACGUGGAGGCUCAACGUGACGCUCUACACAGCGCUUUGAAGAAUCUCCUCGAGAGGCAGGAGUUCCAGAACCGCGAGAAUGAGAAGAAAAUCAAGAUUCUAGAAACAGAGCGCCAACGCCUGUUGCUAGAACCCCGGAAAGCCGGAUUUGACAAAGAGAUAUCUAGCUUGCGCACCGAAAUUAAUGUCUUGAGACGCCGUGCGGAAGAUGCAAUGGAGCAAAAAUGGCAGGUGGAAAAGGGCCUGAGUGGUCUGAAGAUGGACCUCGAUAGAGCCGAGGAAGAGAUUGCCUCCCUUCGUUCUUUGCUCCAGGAGAAGGAUAUUCUGAUUCCUCCUUCACUUGCUCGAUCAAGCUCCACUAAUGGCAUGCCCGAUGUUCCUGUUACCUCAGAAUCUCUUCAAAAAGCCUACCAGGACCUGCAAAGCUCCUACGCCAAAUCACUAGAGCGCAUUAAGAAGCUGGAGCUUAACACAGGUGACGCCAUGUCCGAUGAGAAGACGAAGCUUGCCAUCGAACGCCUCGAGCAAUCCCUUUUGGCAGCUGUUUCUGAGCGAGAUGCCGCCCGACGGCAUUUGAAUGGCCUCAAGAGCCAGGUCGAGGUCCUGUCAGCUGGCGAGUCCCAGAACCUUGACAGGGAGAAGGCUCUCUCUGAUGAGCUGGGCGAAACCGCCUUGCGUGUCGAGCAGCUGGCUUCCCAGGUUCAGCAACAGUUGGCUACUAACGCUGAGUUGCGAAAGCGUCUUGCCGACACUGUAGCGCGAGGCGACGCGGACCGAAAGUUGAACUCGGACCGAAUUACCGAGCUUCAGGCACGUCUCCACGCUCUCGAGGAGCAGCUUGUCACGGCGCAGACCGCCUCUGAGGACCGUGUGGCUAGACACGAAGAGGAGCUUUCUCAACUUCGUGAGGCUCACAACGAGCAACUUGGCCGCAUUCAGACGGGUGCUGGCGUGGGCGUGACUGCCCGCAAGGGCUCGCUAUUGAAAUCGGUGAUGCCCGCCAUGUUUGGUCGCUCAGGUCAGGCCAUUGCUGCCAAGAGCUUCGAGGAAGAAGUAGAGAUCAAGACUCUCCGAGCUCGGGUUGCCGAACUAGAGAAAGCCCUCGCAGAUGCUGAGAGCGAGAUCCAGCAAGUCGUUUCUAAGAUGAACGAAGCGCAGAUCCAGGUCAUGGGCCUUCAGGAGGAGCGAGAGACGGCGGCUCGAGAAACGCGAAAACUGCAGACGAUUCUCGAAGAGGCGAAGCUGACACCCGUGAGCAGACGGGCUUAG